UAAUAUCUUAAUAAUUAUCAAUUUUUGCACAAUAUAAGGCAAAUGGGAAUGAGUCAUGCGCAUUAGUCAAUAAAAUAUUAGUAUGUUACUAUAAUUGCCGUUGCGAAGACUGAAGUUUCAAGUUCACAACACUAUGUCACAAUGACCUAGUACAACUAGUACAAGUGAAGCUAUAAUUUCCUAUUUUAACAUUACCAGAACCACUCGAUUGGUUUAUUUUCUAUACUUGUAAAUUUUAAAUUUGGAAUUCAGAAUUAUGGAGGAAGACAAUUCUUUUUCUAGCAGAUUCACAAAGAAAUCUCAACAGAUGCCCUUGUAUCCAGUUGGAAUAUUGGGAUUUGGAUUAGUAGCAGCCUAUGGACUUUAUAGAUUUAAAUCUCGCAAGGGACGUACAUCCUUGUAUCUUAUUCAAUUACGGUUAGCAGCUCAAGGAACAGCUGUAGGAAUCAUUGGAAUAGGUGUUCUAUAUAAUAUUUAUACUGAAGCAACUUCAAAAAAAAGCUGAAACAAUACUAUGUAUGAUUUGUUAGUAAAAUGUAUUACCUAUUAAAUAGUAUCACUAAUAAUAAUGAUUAAAUUUUUUUUGUGUUAAUGUAUUGUUAUGUAAGUAUGUAACUAAAAUAUAGUGUACACUAAUUUUAUGUUUUUUUCAUUUACUGAACAAAAAUAGUAUUGUUUAUACCUUAUUAUUUAUAAAGUUAUAAGUACUAUGAUAUUUUAUUAAUUAUAUGUAAACCUAUAGGUGUUAAAUGUUAAUGUACUAUUAGAAAUAUUGUUGGCUAAUAUUGUAUACAUAAAUCAAAUGAGGAAUGCAUAUAAAUUCUUAGAAUUUGUGACUUGUGAGUAUUGGAUAACUUAAGAUUGUUUAUAUUUUAUAUUUUAUUUAUUUAAUUACAGUUACUUUUAAUUGAAACAAAA